CGCACUUUCCACAUUCUACUUCCUAUAUAAAGGUCUCCUGACCACUCCGUCUCACUCAUUAAUUAAUCAAAAUUGAGAAGAUAGCUCUAAGCACAUCAGUUCUAUUCGAUCAUCAUUAGAUAGAAGUUAGUUUAACACAUAUAACUAACCACAUUCUGAGCUAACUUUAAUAUACAUAAAUUAGAUCAACUUUAUAUUACUAUAGCACCUAGCUAUGCCUUUCUCUGCAGCUCAUUUGACUUUCCUGUUUGGAGUCCUAGGAAACAUAAUCUCAUUCAUAGUCUUCCUCUCCCCACUGCCGACAUUCUAUAAGAUUUACAAGAAGAAAUCAGGAGAAGGGUAUCAGUCAAUACCAUAUGUGGUGGCACUGUUUAGCUCAAUGCUAUGGAUAUACUACGCCUUCCUCAAAGCGAACACCACCCUUCUAAUUACCAUAAACACCUUCGGCUGUUUCAUAGAAACCAUAUAUGUCAGCUUCUUCAUGUUCUACGCCACCAAGAAGGUGAGGGUUCAAACCCUAAAGAUGCUUGGUCUAAUGGUGGUUGGGGGUUUCGGCGCUGUCGUCCUCGUCUCUCAGUUUUUCUUCAAGGGGGCGGUUCGUGCCCAAGUCGUCGGUUGGGUUUGCCUUGUUUUCUCCUUGUGUGUUUUUGUUGCCCCUUUAUGCAUUCUGAGGCAAGUGAUAAGGACAAAGAGCGUGGAGCACAUGCCAAUCCUCCUCUCAGUGUUCUUAACGCUGAGUGCAGUCAUAUGGUUCUGCUAUGGUUUGCUCCUUAAGGACAUAAACAUUGCGAUUCCGAAUGUGCUGGGAUUUUUCUUCAGCAUUCUACAAAUGGUGCUUUACAUGAUGUACAAAGACAAGAAUAUUAAGAAGGACAAGAAGCCGUUUUCUGCCGCCGCCGAGCAAGUACUAGUCGUACCACAGGCGCCGCCGGUAGUAUUAGUCAUUUUGACGGAUGAAACACAAAAGCACAAGCUGCCGGGGUUGUCGUCGGAGCUCACCACCGAACACCUCAUCGACCUCGUCAGGCGCGGCUCGCUCAUCUGCCCGGACAAGAUUCAGUUCCCUCCGGCGGCGGCGACAGCGGUGGCAGAUGUGCACAUUCCAGUGUUGUAAUUAAUUAAUUUAAUUAGCUGCAUGCCAUUCCGGGCAGCAAAUUAAUUAAUUAAUUAAUGAUGAAGAAAAUCAUACGCACUGCACACAUAUAUAUUAUUUAUAUAGAAAUAUACGGAGUAUAUAUCUAGCUAAUUAAUAAGUCUAUAAGUCAACUUCAACUGCAUGCAUGCACGCAGAUUUCUAUAUACAUAAUAUUUACGUUUGUGUUACGUUUGUUUAAUUUGAUGUAACAUUUUUAUUCUCUCCUAAAGGCUGUGUGUAAUUACUUGUUGUUUCUAUACACUAUUUCCAGCAAUAAAAACAGUGUGUUAUUCUUUUUCUCUGUAUAAUUAAAGUGCGCGUUCCUUUCAAAAAAAGGAAUUAAAGUGCGCG